UUGGAAUUGGACCCACCAUAUUUUAUACCUACAUAUGAAGUUUUUGUUUCUUCGAAAGAAAAAAAAAAGUUGAAAGGUAAAAGAUUUCAUCUUCUUCAAUGGAUCUGAUGGGUAUCAAUCAUUCAUUCUGAGAAUUUAACAAGCUAAGCACCCAUCACUUGUUGGUGAUUAUCUGACCUGGGCUCUCUGGGUCCUAAAUUGACAGAGAACUCGUCAACUUUGGAGCACCACUUUUGGAAGGUCUAUCCCAAGGAGCAUUUGAUAACACCAGUUACUAGACAGCCAGCUUCAGAUCUCGACUGCAUGUGGUUUCUUCCAUAGCUUUAUAUACUUCAGCCAUGGGAGACUGGAUCAUUGGAGCUUUCAUUAAUCUCUUUGGGAGCAUCGCCAUCAACUUUGGAACUAACCUUCUCAAAUUGGGUCACAACGAGGCUUAAUGAUUCUGGCUAAAUUAUAUGCAGAGAGAAAGGCAUUCUAUGCUAGGCAGCAAUGAAACAAAUGGAAAGCUUCCAUUAAAGCCUAUAAUAUACUUCCAGACUUGGAGAGUUGGUAUUGUAUUUUUCUUUCUUGGAAAUUGCCUUAAUUUCAUAUCCUUUGGAUAUGCUGCUCAGUCACUUCUUGCAGCCCUGGGAUCUAUUCAGUUCGUAUCAAAUAUCGCUUUUGCUUAUUUUGUGCUGAACAAAAUGGUGACUGUCAAAGUACUGGUUGCCACAGCCUUUAUUGUUCUUGGAAAUAUCUUCCUUGUUGCAUUUGGCAACCACCAAUCACCUGUAUAUACACCAGAGGAGUUGGCAGAGAAAUACAGCAACAUCACAUUCCUUGUUUAUUGUCUGAUUUUAAUUCUGGUUGUUGCCCUGCAUCACUCCAUUUAUAGGAGAGGCGAACUACAGCUUGCUGUGUCAGGAAAAGAUCUUAGACCCUAUUGGCAUAUGCUUCUCCCUUUCUCCUAUGCAGUGGUUUCAGGUGCUGUAGGAUCAUGCUCAGUGUUGUUUGCAAAAUCUCUCUCAAACCUGCUACGAUUGGCAAUGUCAAGUAAUUAUCAGUUGCACAGCUGGUUCACUUAUUCCAUGCUCCUCUUAUUUCUUAGUACUGCUGGUUUUUGGAUGACCAGGUUGAAUGAAGGAUUGUCACUGUUUGAUGCAAUCCUUAUUGUUCCUAUGUUCCAGAUUGCUUGGACUUUCUUCUCCAUUUGUACAGGUUUUGUAUACUUUCAGGAGUAUCAGGUUUUUGAUGCCCUGAGGACGACAAUGUUCAUAAUUGGAAUGCUGUGUGUGUUUGUUGGCAUUUCUUUGCUGGCACCUGAUGAGUCUAGAGGUGAUGCAAAGGAGAACUCAUCUUUGGUUUCCGUUGUGUCUUCAAGUGAGAUGGACAGGCUGGUUGCACUAUCUGAAGAGGCACAAAAAGACACACCAUUACCUUCGCAAAGCAUGUCAAUGAAGAUUGCUGAUAUGAUAUCCAAGGCAAAGAUGGCCUGUUCAGUAUCUCUAGGUUUUGGGGAGGAUUCAAUCAAUGCAUCUGCGGUUCUUGUAAUGCCCAUGGUGUCGUCAAAGAUAACAGGCUUUAGAGGAAGUGGGUUUGACCGGGGUAAGCUUUUCUCUAUGAGAAAUCCGGUAUGGAGUAAGAUCUCGGCGGAAGGAGAUGGUACAGAAUUGCUAGAUACAAGCUCAGUCCUCUCCCAGAGCCCUUGAAUAGGAAAAACUGUAAACAUCCAUGUUCCCCCCUCCGUCCUGACUCCCCUCCCCUCAUUUUCUUAAGUAAUACAGUUGUUUUAGGAUAGAGUGAGUUACGCUAUUCAUUGGACAUCAUGUAAGUUUGAUGGGAUUCAUUGUAUACCUGUAGAUCUUUACGCUAUUGAAAGGAAAGGAAAUACAAUUUGUCAAUGCCUCUAAACAA